AUGCCUGUUUUUGCGCCACAAAAAAUACGUCUGGGCUCUCGUAAUCACAACGACGGGUCCCAAAAUCGGGAUCAUGUUGAGCGUCAGGUACACCAGCUCCUGCAAAACAAAGCGCGCAGGGCCAAAUGCCUGCUUGCAGUUGCGGUAGCACCAACCAAGCAGAGUCUCGCGACAGCUCCCGCUCAGCCCGUUGUCCAGAAGCCCGCGGUACAGAUGGUUGUACCCGAGCUCGAGCUCGGUGUUGAUUACGUAAUCAAACGUGUACUUGAGCGGUUUCGGGAGCAGAAAGAGCGCGUUGAUCAGGUUGAUGACGAAGGUCAUGAGCUGGAACGUAGUCGGGCCAAUGAAAGAGAAAAUUCCUCCUGUGAAAAACAGGGAAGUAAGAUAAAAACACAAGGCUGCGCCGUAGAUCAACACGCUGACGAACACGAGGCCGACGAUGUUCAUCUUGAGGUAUCUCCAGCACUCCAGAUGGAACGUAAAGUAGUAAAUGCCCUGGAGUCAGUUUUCAGCCAGUCCCACGUACCCUGA